GUCACGACCCAGUCCGUCUGGUCUUGUCCCCGUCCUGCCUCCUCACCCGCGCCUCUCUCUUAAUGUUCUGCUACGAGUCGCCCCAGUGAUUCAUCUCCCAGGCCGCCGCACACUCGUUUCCGCUACUAUCUUAAUCGAUAAUUCACCUGCCGCUGUCCGUUGUUGCCCGCAAACUGCGCUACAUCGAAGCGCGCUCCCAACGCCAACUUUUUGGCUCUCCUUACCCUCACCACGCCGCCGCUGUCGUCUGUCACCUCGCGGCCCACCCUAAGGCGAUCCAAACAUGGCCCCAGCAGUCCCCCGAUUACGCAUUCUGUCAGUGGGCGGUAAUGCCGUCUCGGCCUUCUUAUCAUGGCGACUGCAAGCAACCAAUGCCUGCGACGUCACCCUCGUAUGGAAGUCGGGAUACGAGAGCGUCGCCCAGUACGGCAUAUCAUUCAAAUCUGCCCUCUACGGCAACGAGCGGUUCAAGCCCCAUGCUGUCGUCCGCACACCCGAAGAUGCCGCCCAUUCUUCCAAGCAGCCUUUUGAUUACGUCCUUCUUUGCGUAAAAGCCCUGCCCGAUGUAUACGAUAUCGCCAACAUCAUCGAGUCGGUCGUCUCCCCUCAGCAUACCUGCAUCCUUAUGAACACUACACACAGCCUUGGCGUUGAAUCCUAUCUCGAGCAGCGUUUCCCCACAAACGUAGUGCUUUCAUUAGUAUCGGGAGCAGAAAUUUCGCAGCUCGGAGCUAGCGAAUUUGAGCACAAAGGCGCGACCGACAUCUGGGUUGGUCCUGCCAACAGGAAUGCCAACAUUCCUGCGCAGAUCCAGUCAGACAUGGCUGAAGCCCUGGCCAUGACAUUGAGUUCCGGACAGGUUGACUGCAAGGUCUCAUCCAACAUACGACAACAGCAGUUCGAGCGAAUGAUAGGUCCAAUCGCUUUCCACCCUGCCAGUGUUGUAUUCGAGACACCCAACCACGCUGAACUGAUGGACAAGGUUGGCGUGCGUGCUCUCAUCACCGGAGUGCUUGAUGAGAUGAUCGCGCUUGCAAAUGCUUCCGACUGCACAUUCCCCGAAGAUUUCCGCGAAACAACGCUUCAAGAGAUGACCCGUCCACAGGACAACAACAGCACUAUGUGGAUGGACUUUGAGGCCAAGCGCCCGAUGGAGAUCGAGACGUAUCUUGGAUCCCCUCUCAAGAUUGCACAAGAAACUGGUGUCGCUGUGCCUCGGAUCGAGACUCUGUAUGCCACACUCCAUCACCUCAACAUCGUCAACCGCACACGCCCAGCUGCUCCAGCUCCCGCCACACAAUCUCCUCAAAAUGGCAUGCAACCUCCCCCUAGACAAUCCUCGGCGCCGAUGCCUCGUGGGCCCCCUACCCAAGGGCCCAUGAUGAACGGUAACGGUAUGAAGGGCGGCCCUCGUCCAGGAAGCCGUGCUCCGUCAAUCAAUGGGGGUCCUCCAAUGAUGCGUCGUGGUCCACCCCCGGGCCCCAACGGCUAUCCUCCUAGGAUGAACGGAGGUCCUAAUCGGCGUCCCUCUUUCGAGGACCCUGGCAAUCUUGAGGAGUUUUCCCAUCUCAUGCUCUACGACGACAUGGUUCCAGACGGUGCCGUCAAUGGCGGCCCUUACGAGAGCGCCGGAAACUCUUCCAACAACAUUGCACUUCGCGAGAGAGAAUUGAUGCUUAGGCAGAGAGAACUCCAGAUCAGAGAGCAGGAGAUGAACAUGCGAGGCGGACGUGGCGGUCCAAUGGGUCCAGGCCCUAUGGGACCUCCGAUGGGACCUCCAAUGGGACCCAUGGGUCGUGGUCGAGGACGUCCCCCGCCACCCCCAUCAAUGGGCGGAUUCGAUGACGAUGACGAUGAUGGCGAUGACUUCUUCGAUCCUAUGGGAGGCCGCGGAGGCCCAAUUAUCGACCCCGACAACUUCGACAUGAUGAGCGUCACGUCGCGUCGCAACCGCUCAGCACCCAGCGCCAAGCAGAUUCGUCAAAACCCCGAGGGUGCAGGCUUCGCGCCUGGACCGAACAGGGGCGGCAGGGGCCCCUUUGGACGUCCGGGGAUGAACAAAAAUCGGAGUAGUGCUCGGUUGAUGGCAGAUGUUCCUGGCCUCCACGACUCUAUCAUGAACAACCCCCUCAUGGGCUACUCCUCCGACCGCUACGGACACGUCGAUCGCGGUGCUAUGGGCGCGCAAUCCAGAACCAACUCACUAACAUCGGCUCGUUUAGAUGAGCUUUCAGGGGGCGCAGGCUACGGUGCUUAUCCUGCACCAAACGCCCGCCGCAUGAGCCAGUCACCUGGCAACCCGCUCAGUCCGGGCCCGCGACCUAUGGGCCGACCCUCACCACCAAACGGCUUCAAUGGCAUGCCCCCGAACGGCAUGGUCCCCAAUGGCAUGCCUCCAAAUGGAAUGAUUCCUAACGGGCGGCCAUCGCCUCCUGGCAUGAGGCAGCCCAUGCCACGAAACCCUGGAAACGAGGUGGCACCACAACAAGUUGAACAACACGCUGGGGUGAGCAAUCUCUACCCGCCCAAGUCUCGUACCCAAGUUCGCAGUCUGACUGGAAGCGCAUCAAAUAGUUCCGCUAGCGCAAAAGCAGUAGAUUCUACGGAAAACUCUGCGCACAGCAGCCAAAGCAGCCUUGGACCCCGUCCCCCCGUUGGCGUUCGGUAAUUGGGAUAAUGUUCGACUCAGAUUUGGUGGCCAUCCGUUUUGAAUGUUGGCAUCUGGCAUGGACACUGUUUCAACCUCGACGACAUUGCCGAAAUCAUCUACUGGUCCUCACUCGACACACAUCCUUUCUCGUCUAAGACAGCUAGCGAAGCAGUCUAGACGUCUCUUUCGACACCUUUUUCCACAAACACGUAUACGCACCGAAGCAUCACCAUCCAGCCGACAAGACUCUCUACGGCGGUCCGGGCGGCUUCAUGGACAGCCAGAGGCUCGUCCAGAUGGUGGAUGUCCUAAUGACGAAUAGAAUUGGGCCGGCAAGGG